AUGCUGGAUGAGAACCACCACCUGAUACAGUGUAUCCUGGACUACCAGAGCAAGGGCAAGACGGCCGAGUGCACCCAGUACCAGCAGAUCCUGCACCGGAACCUGGUCUACCUGGCCACGAUCGCGGACUCCAACCAGAACAUGCAGUCCCUGCUCCCUGCCCCGCCAACCCAGAACAUGAACCUGGGCCCCGGAGCGCUGUCCCAGAGCGGCUCCAGCCAGGGCCUGCACUCCCAGGGCAGCCUCAGCGAUGCCGUUGGCACGGGCCUGCCCCCGUCCUCCCUCAUGCAGGGCCAGAUCGGGAACGGUCCAAACCACGUGUCCAUGCAGCAGACAGCUCAGAGCACGCUGCCCACCACCUCCAUGAGUAUGUCAGGCAGCGGCCACGGCUCGGGGCCUGGCUACAGCCACUCGGGACCCACCUCGCAGAGCGUGCCCCUGCAGGGCCAGGGCGCCAUCGGCAACUACGUGUCACGGGCCAACAUCAACAUGCAGUCCAACCCAGUGUCCAUGAUGCACCAGCAGGCAGCCUCGUCCCACUACAACUCGGCACAGGGCGGGAGUCAGCACUACCAGGGCCAGUCGUCCAUCGCCAUGAUGGGCCAGAGCGGCCAGGGGAGCAGCAUGAUGGGGCAGCGGCCCAUGGCGCCCUACCGGCCCUCCCAGCAAGGGUCGUCCCAGCAGUACCUGGGCCAGGAGGAAUACUACGGUGGCGAGCAGUACGGCCACAGCCAGGCCGCCUCGGAGCCCAUGGGCCAGCAGUACUACCCUGACGGACAUGGCGACUACGCCUACCAGCAGUCAUCCUACACGGAGCAGAGCUACGACCGGUCCUUUGAGGAGUCCACGCAGCACUACUACGAGGGCGGAAACUCGCAGUACAGCCAGCAGCAGGCGGGGUACCAGCAGGGCACAGCCCAGCAGCAGGCGGGGUACCAGCAGCAGUACCCCAACCAGCAGAGCUACCCCGGGCAGCAGCAAGGCUACGGGCCUGCCCAGGGAGCCGCCUCGCAGUACUCCGGCUACCAACAAGGACAAGGCCAGCAGUACGGAAGCUACAGAGCGUCUCAGACAGGCCCGUCGGCCCAGCAGCAGCGGCCUUACGGCUAUGAGCAGGGCCAGUAUGGAAAUUACCAGCAGUAA